AUGGCGCAUAGUGGUGGUGUUUUAAGCUCGGAUAUAUCUCGAAGGAAUCCACAAGAUGAGUACGAGCUGGUGCAGAGGAUUGGUUCGGGCACCUAUGGCGAUGUAUACAAGGCCAAAAGGCUCAACGGCAACGGCGAGCUUGCCGCCAUCAAGGUGAUAAAGCUGGAGCCGGGUGAUGACUUCGCCAUCAUCCAGCAGGAGAUACUGAUGAUGAAGGACUGCCGGCAUCCGAACAUAGUCGCCUACUACGGCUCGUACCUGAGGCGGGACAAACUUUGGAUCAGCAUGGAGUACUGUGGCGGUGGCAGCUUGCAGGACAUCUACCACGUAACGGGCCCUCUAACCGAGAUACAGAUCGCCUACAUGUGUCGAGAGACGCUGACAGGGCUCUCCUACCUGCACAGCAUGGGGAAGAUGCACAGGGAUAUUAAAGGUGCUAACAUUCUCCUAACGGAGUGCGGAGACGUAAAGCUCGCCGACUUCGGGGUAUCAGCUCAGAUAACUGCCACCAUCAACAAGAGGAAGUCCUUCAUCGGCACCCCAUACUGGAUGGCGCCCGAGGUGGCCGCAGUGGAGAGGAAGGGUGGCUACAACCAGCUGUGCGACAUCUGGGCCUGCGGUAUAACAGCCAUAGAGCUGGCUGAGCUGCAGCCGCCCAUGUUCGAGUUGCACCCAAUGAGGGUGCUCUUCCUCAUGUCCAAGUCGGGCUUCAAGCCGCCCCAGCUGAAGGACAGGGAGCGCUGGUCCCAGGUGUUCCACUCGUUCCUCAAGCUGGCCCUCACCAAGAACCCGAAGAAGCGGCCCACGGCCGACAAGCUGUUGCAGCACGCGUUCUUCCAGCAGGAGAUGAGCAAGCGGCUGGCGAUAGAACUCCUGCAGAAAUACUCAAACCCGCCCAGCCACUGCAACAGCCAGGAGUUGGACGAGGACGGGAACCACAAAGUUAGCCAAUCAAAGUACAUAAGACACCAACAUAUCGAACGCUAUCGCGCGCAGGCGAUAUCGAACGUGCCGCAGCGCAUCGCGUCGAAGCACACGGGCCGCGGGCGGCGGAUCGCGUGCGCGGAGGCCGGCGCGGGCGCGGAGGCACGUCCGCGCAGCCUCGCCGCCGCCGGCGCACUGGCGCCGCUCGCGCGCCCCGCCCGCCCCUCCUCGCUGGCGGGGGCGAGGGGCGCGCGGGCGGCCGAGCGGCGCGCGUACGACGACUCGCCCGUGGUGGACCUCGACGCGGACGACGAGCUCGCCCCCCGCGCGCCCCCUCCGCCCCCGCCGCACCACGCCGCCGUCGAGCCGAGCCGCAGCUGCGACGGCGACACCAUCAAGAGGGCAGACUUCCACCGGCAGUCGAGCGAGGACUGGAGCGUGGCCUCCCUCAUGAGCUGCCCGAAGCACCACCCCCUCUCCCAGGACCUGGAGGACCUCUCCACGGACACGAUGCCCACCAGCGAGAAGGCCACCCUACCCCUCACCGCGGAGACCGCCAACAUGGCGCAGGGCAGCAGCCCGCUCUCGGUCCACGACCAGCACCUCUCGCAGUGCAUACAGCUGAAGCAGAACUACCUGAACAGCACCACGAACAUAUACCAGGGCCUAGCCGCAGGCUUCCGCAGCGCGGACCCGACGGAACCCCCGGGGGCGGAGCCCGAGCUCUCCCUCUCCGAGGGGGCGGAGUCCCCGCGGCGGAACGCCAACUGCGAGUGCGGGCUGUGCCCCAGACCGGAGCCCCGCGGAGACAGCCUCAGCGACCUCCAGCGCUCGGUCGCCCGCUGCGGCUGCGACGCGUGCUCGACCAACGGCGACAUACUUGGCCAAUACCGCCGCUGCCCCAACUUGAAUCGCGACACCGGUAUAGUCUACUGCGAGGUGUGCGAGAAGCAGAAGAUAUCCGUUUCGAACUUCCGCGCGCUCCGAAUAGCGAACAGGCUGAGGUUGGAGAACGGCGCCGGCUCCGACGAGGACCUGUGCCGCCGGAUAGACCUCAGCAUGGACCUCGAGGAGGUCUACGACCCGAGGAGGCGGCACAACGGCCACGGGGAGACCGCCGCGCCGGGGAUAGACCUCGGCCAGUUCUGCCAGUGCGAGCUGGAGAAGCGGAAGACCUCGUCGGUGGACGAGAUAUUCCGGAUGUCGGAGGAGGCGAGGGAGCCGGCCCCCCCGCCGGAGGACGAGGCCAGGGUCGGCAGGCAGCGCAGCCUCUCCGACAGCCAGCGCGACAAGGCCAAGGUGGACGGAGACGUGGCCCACCCGGGGGCGGGCGUGGCGGCCGGUGCCCCCGCGGGGGCGCCGCCCGUGCCCCCGCGCAGGGCGCGCUCGCGGCGGGCGCACACGCCGCCCCGCCCCGCGCCCAACGGCCUGCCGCCCACGCCCAAGGUGCACAUGGGCGCCUGCUUCUCCAAGGUGUUCAAUGGAUGCCCCCUGAGGAUAAACUGUACAGCCUCCUGGAUACAUCCGGACACGAGGGAUCAGCAUAUUCUAAUUGGCGCCGAAGAGGGUAUCUACACGUUGAACCUGAACGAACUCCACGAGACCGCUAUGGACCAACUAUGUCCGAGAAGAACGAUAUGGAUGCACGUGAUAAAAGACGUUCUAAUGUCGCUUUCUGGCAAGACGCCGUCGCUGUACCGGCACGAGCUGCUGGCGCUGGUGGGGGGCGCGAGGGGCGGGCGCUCCCUGAGGGUGCUGCCCCCUCGGCUGCUGCCGCGCCGCUUCGCGCUCAGCACGCGCGUCCCCGACACUAGGGGCUGCGUCCGCUGCGCCGUUGCGCGGAACCCUUACAACGGGUACAAAUACCUGUGCGGGGCGACGCCGGCGGGGCUGUUCCUCAUGCAGUGGUACGACCCGCUGAGGAAGUUCAUGCUGCUCAAGAACAUCGAGUGCGUGCUGCCAACGCCCCUGUCGGCCUUCGAGCUGAUCAUCACGCCGGAGCUGGAGUACCCGCUGCUCUGUGUCGGCGCCACCAGGAAGCCGCUGCGGCUCAGCCUCGUCAACAUCAACUCUGGCGCGACGUGGUUCCACUCGGACGAGCUGGACGUGGGGGUGGGGGUGGGUGGUGCGGGCACGGUGGUGCCUAGGCCCGAGAGGCUUCACACCCUCCGCGCAGUGCACCAGCUGAACAAGGACGCGGUGCUGGUCUGCCACGAGAACACGGUGGACAUCAUCCCGGUGCUGGAGCGGAGGCGCGCCGACGAGGAGAGGCGGCGCAACAAGCUCGUCCCCAGGAUAGAGUUCGACUUCCACAUCGAGAGCAUCCUGUGCUUGGCGGAUUCUGUUCUGGCCUUCCACCGGCACGGCGUGCAGGGCCGCUCUUUGAGGAACGCUGACGUCACCCAGGAGAUCACCGAUCUGUCGCGCGCCUACCGUCUUCUCGGCCAUGACAAAGUCGUGGUCCUAGAGUCGCACACUCUGCACAACACACUGUCGAGUGACGACGGGAACGAUUUGUACAUUCUCGCCGGCCACGAGGCUUCCUAU